UGGCUGUGGUUUUGAUGAAACAUGCUGUGAAACUGUGUCUUCGGCUCUACAAUCGUCAAACUCUCAUCUGACAGAGCUGGAGCUGAGUAAUAAUCACCUGCAAGAUUCAGGAGUGAAGCUGAUUUAUGAUGGACUGAACAGUCCAAACUCUAAGCUGAAGAUGUUGAGGCUGUCUGGGUGUAAACUCACUGCUCAGUCCUGUGAAAGUUUAUCUGCAGCUCUACAGAACUCAAAGUCUGUCCUGAGAGAACUGGAUCUGAGUAACAAUGACCUACUGGAUUCUGGAGUGAUGCUUCUUUCUGAAGGACUGAAGAGUAAAAACUCUAAGAUGGAGAUGUUGGGAUUGUCCACAUGUAAUCUCAUUGCUCAGUCUUGUGGGAGUUUGUCAUCAGUUUUGAAAUCCUCAAACUCUGUCCUGAGAGAACUGGAUCUGAGUAAAAAUGACCUGCAAGAUUCUGGAGUGAUGCUUCUUUCUGAAGGACUGAAGAGUCCAAACUGUCAGCUGGAGAUACUGAGGUUGUCUGGCUGUAUGGUGACAGAGGAAGGCUGUGGUUAUUUGUCUUCAGUUCUGAGUUCAAACCCCUCACACCUGAAAGAGCUGGAUCUGAGCUACAAUCACCCAGGAGAGUCAGGAGUCAAACUGCUCACCGAAAAACUGGAGGAUCCAAACUGCUCACUGAGCAAACUCAAUGUUGAUCAUGGAGGAGAAUCCAGGAUUACAGCAGGACUGAAGAAAUAUGCCUGUUUUCUCACACUGGAUCCAAACACAGCAAACAAUCAACUCAGACUGUCUGAGGAGAACAGAACAGUGACAUAUGUGGGAGAGAAACAGUUGUAUCCUGAUCAUCCAGACAGAUUUGAUUAUUAUUAUCAGGUGUUUUGUAGAGAGAGUGUGUGUGGAUGCUGUUACUGGGAGAUUGAGUGGAGUGGAUGUGUGUUUAUAUCAGUGUCAUAUAAGAGCAUCAGCAGGAAGGGACGGGGUUGUGAGUGCUGGUUUGGAUUUAAUGAUAAGUCCUGGAGUUUGAUCUGCACUCCUGACAGAUACUCAUUCAGACACAAUAAGAUAGAGACUGAUCUCUCUGUGAAGCCCAUCAUCAGGAGAAUAGGAGUGUAUGUGGAUGUGAGUGCAGGAACUCUGUCCUUCUACAGCGUCUCUGACACAAUGAGUCUCAUCCACACAGUUCAGACCACAUUCACUCUCACUCAGACAUUUACAUUCACUCAGACGCUCUGUGCUGGGUUUAGUGUUUAUCCUGGAUCAUCAGUUUCACUGUGUUGAUGAAUGAGAAUAGACUGAUGAGAGAUUGUACCCAUAAUGCUUUGAGCUGAUGAUGAAUCAGUAACAGUGAGAUGUUAUAGAGUCUCUUCAUCACAUGAAUAUGAACAUGAAUCAGAAUAAAUGUGUGUGAUAAAUCCUCAUAUAGACAGUAAGAUCAGUGUGUGUGUAAGUAUAUUCAUUUUAUUGUCGUGUCUCAUCAAUCAUUUGUUUUAUUAUGAUCAAAAUCAUCAUUCAGUUGAAUACAAACAUGAUUCAUGAACAUGUCAUUCAUUUCUUUCUAUUGUUUUUGCACAUAAAUAAUAAAACACAGUCACAAAUCAACCUGAAAUCAGAUUUUAAUUGAUGUUUGUAUCAUGAAUAUAAUCAAUUCCUCACAAGACUGAAAUGAGUUUCUGACAUGAUAAAA